UUGAUGUGUGUGUAAAGAGGGAGGGAGCUGAAGCCUGUUGCUCAUAUCAUCAAAUGUGCCGCCAGCACUCCAGAAGCUCCAGAGCCUGUUGAGGGAUCAGAUAGAGUUGCAUUUUUCCUUCUUCGUUUUUAGUAAAAGAGAAAGAAUCUUUCAUUCCUAGACAGCAUGAACACUCCCAACUACAGAUGAACUACGAUGAAAUAAAUACAGUUUCGAAGGACACGACGACGGGAUGUUCAUUUUGGGGAGCACUGUUCUCUGAAAGCAGAGGGUUGAGAUCUUCAGAGUUCAGUUUUCUACAUGAUGAAGAAGAAAGAAACUCAUACAGGGUUGGAACAACACGAGGGGCAGUGUUUGAGAGGAAGCGCUGGACCACAGGCAUGUGACGGCCGCUGAGGUGGAGGUGUCGGGUGAAAGAUGACUUUACUUGCGGGCGAUGGUUCGGAUUACGACUACAGCGCUUUAAGCUGCACCUCGGACACCUCUCUGAACGCUCCCCCCAUCCAGGAGCGAGAGGCUCUAAAGGGGGUUUACUAUAAACGAGCGCAACGACUGCCCCCGACUGACCCCAACACCCCCGACGCGCCCCGUCCCGACGACGCCUGUGGCCAGCGCCUGCAUGUCAUCAUUAACGUGGGCGGCCUCCGGUACCAGCUUCCCUGGACCACGCUGGAGGACUUCCCGCUCUCGCGUCUGGGACAGUUACGCCUGUGCAGCAGCUUCGACGAGAUCAUGCGUGUGUGCGACGACUACGACGUGGUCCACAACGAGUUCUUCUUCGACCGAAGCCCCUGCGCCUUCAGGACCAUCCUCACGUUCCUGCGCGCCGGGAAGCUGCGCUCUCUGCGGGAGAUGUGCGCCCUGUCCUUCCAGGAGGAGCUGCUCUACUGGGGCGUCCCGCAGGAAAGCCUGGAGUGGUGCUGCCGGCGACGCCUCCUGCAGCGCGUGGAGGAGUGCGACGAGCUCGAGCGGGACGAGGAGGAUGACGACGACGAGGACGAUAGCGGGAGCGGAUUGGCCGGGGAGACUCGUCUCGGACGCUGCAUGGAUAAUCUAAGAGACAUGGUGGAGAAGCCUCACUCCGGCCUGCCCGGGAAGAUCUUCGCCUGUCUGUCGGUCCUGUUCGUCACCAUUACAGCCAUCAACCUGUCCAUCAGCACCAUGCCUGCGAUGAGAGAGGAGGAGGAGAGUGGGAAAUGCUCUCAGAUGUGUUACAACAUCUUCAUAGUGGAGACGGUGUGUGUGGCCUGGUUCUCGUUGGAGUUCACGCUGCGCUUCAUCCAAGACCGCAGCAAGUUGGCCUUCCUCCGGCGCCCGCUCAACCUGAUCGACGUCAUAGCCAUCCUGCCCUACUACAUCACGCUGGUGGUGGACAGCACCUCCACGGGGGAGAAGCGCUUGGGCUCAGGCAACAGUUACCUGGACAAAGUGGGCCUCGUGCUGCGGGUCCUGCGCGCGUUACGCAUCCUCUACGUGAUGCGCCUGGCGCGCCACUCGCUCGGACUCCAGACGCUCGGGCUGACGGCGCGCAGGUGCACGCGAGAGUUCGGCCUGCUCCUCCUCUUCCUCUGCGUCGCCAUAGCGCUCUUCUCCCCGCUCCUCUACCUGAUCGAGAACGAGGCGGCGGCCACGCGAGAGUUCAGUAGCAUUCCCGCCACGUACUGGUGGGCCGUGAUCACGAUGACCACGGUGGGUUACGGGGACAUGGUGCCGCGCAGCAUCCCAGGACAGGUGGUGGCGCUCAGCAGCAUCCUCAGCGGGAUCCUGCUCAUGGCGUUCCCCGUCACCUCCAUCUUCCACACGUUCUCGCGCUCCUACGUGGAGCUCAAACAGGAGCAGCAGCGGCUGCUUCAGCGCAGGACUCACUUCCUCCUGCGCAGUCGCAUCGCGGGACUCGGCAGCAACCUGUCGGUGGAGAGCGACGUGCUCUUCCCAAGCGUCUCGUCUAACCACAGAGACAAAGAGGAGUAAAAGUGCAGGACUUAAGUGGAAUUAAACGCUUUUUUUUUGAUAUCUUGAGUGUUGUUUUACAUAUUAUCCAUUAACAAUCCAUUAAGGGAACGUUCCAGCAGAAUUGACUUCCAAGUUAAACAUAUCUAAACCGUUCUGACCUCGCUAUUCAAGGUGGGUUUAUUUGAAAAUGAAUGACUCGAUCCUAAAGGAAUAGGUCACCUCCACAAAAAAAAAAAAAUCUAUACUGUCAUCAUUUAUUCACCUCCAUGGCACCCCAAAGCUUCUUCUGCGAAAUUUGAAAUAAUACGCUAGUUGUCCUCCCCAUUCAAUUACGUCGAACCUUCAUGUCUUUCACAAUUUUAUGUCAAGUCACCCAUUAUUUAUAUAGCGCUUUAUACAAUACCGAUUGUUUUAAAUAAGCUUUACUGGGAUAAACAGGAAAAUAAUUAUGCAAACAGAAUUAAAAUCUGCUAAAGAGCAGUUUUGGAUUCAGUUCAGUAGUCGGUGUAAAGUUUAUAGAAAUAUGGAAUGAGUUCAAUUUAGGUAGAAAGCAAUCUCACUGUAAAAAACAGUAAACUACUGGCAGCUGUGGUUGCCAGCAUCAUACCGUAAAAAUACGGUGUGUUACUGUUUUUGAAAUUAACGGCUAAAUACCGUAUUGUCAUGUUUUCAUAUGAUAUAGUCAUAUCAACCACUUUUAUUAUGCUUUUUGUCAUUUUCCAGCUUGACAGGUCCAGUUCUCAUUCACUUACAUUAUAUUAAAAAGAGUAGACAGGACAGGCAAUGGAAGGGAAAGAAACGCCUGCAGGUUUGAAAUGACAUGAGGGUUAAAAAAAAAAAGGACAGAAUUUUUAUUAUUAUCAUUAUUAUUAUUUUUGGUCGGGUUAACGAUCCCUUUCAGAAGCGAAACUGAACUUGUCUGUUCAAAUUCAUCAAGCUCCAGCUAUUUUAUUUUCUUCUUCUUGUUGUUCAGGCUGCUUUUCAAAAUCUUUCUGCCUAAAGAUGUGGUCAGCAUGAUAUUUACGUCCUCUAUUGGUCGAACUUGUUUUCACUAUGAAUUCACACCAAAUUUCAAUACACAGCGAAAAGGCAAAACGUCUACACAUAUUCUUGUGAUCCCGGGCGGUCUCCCACAAUUGCAUGCAUAUGAAUACAAGUGAAUGCAAAAACAAUUAAGUUCUAGUCUAAUCGCACCUUGAGAACAUGAAAUGAUUUUGUAAGACGGCUUAUUUUACAUGUUGUCCAUUAACACCCCACCCCACUCUGUUGAAUCGGCACAUUUAUUUUCAAGCCUUUAGUGCUGCAUGAAUAUAUUCCCUUUGUGCAUAUUUAAUUCUAACAUACAUUAAACACAUCAAACACUAACACAUCACAUGAUAUGUAAACAGCAGGUUUGUGUUCAGUUUCGAGCUGCAAUGUUUGAUUCAGAUUCCACUCCGUACAAUUCUUUACCACGAUUUACAAUCUGUAAUGUUGAUUGCUCAGAGCUCAUCAGUCAGGAACAUCUCCCUAUUUCUCACAUACUGUUUUUUUUUAAUAAGAAUAUUAAUAAUAACACAUAACAUGAAUAAACCUGAUUUAAUUUUAAUGCAA